AUGUUGUCGAGGUCUUCUUUCGGUCGCACAGCGCAGCGUGCGCUCCGAACCAGCAGCCGUCGGGCCUUUGCUUCUGCUGCUUCUCCCAGCACUCAGUACGAGACCGCCGAGGCCGCAGGUAUCAAAGUCGCCAGCCGAGAGCUGGAAGGUGCUACUUCUUUGUUGGCUGUCGUUGCAAAGGCCGGUUCUCGCUACGAGCCUGUGCCCGGCUUCUCUGAUGCUCUUGCCCGAUAUGCUUUCCAGUCUACAUACAAACGAUCGGCUUUGCGUAUCACUCGCGAGGCAGAGCUUCUAGGUAGCAACCUCACAGCCAAGAACACGCGCGAAAACGUCGUCCUCCAAGCCAAGUUCCUGUCUGCCGACCUUCCCUACUUUGCCGAGCUUCUCGCAGAGGUUACCUCUCAGACCAAGUACAAUGCUUACGAAUGGGCUGAAUUGGUCCUUCCCACCAUCAAGGUCCGCCAGCAGGUCCUCUUCUCCAAGCCCGAGAUCUUGGCCUUGGAAUCUGCUCACGCAACCGCUUUCCACCGUGGUCUUGGUGAGACCUCUUUCGCCGCUGCUUCCGCUCCUUUCGAAUCCUACUUCACCGAAGACGGUCUCGCCGAAUUCGCCCAGAGCGCCUAUGCUAAGCCCAACAUUUCUCUCGUCUCUGUUGGACCCAACUCUAGCGAGGUCUCUAAGUGGGUGAGCCAGUUCUUUGCUGGCCACUCCGCUUCCCCCGCCGCUGGUCAGUUUAAGGUCAAGGACGCCGUUCCAUCCAAAUUCUACGGUGGCGAACAACGCACAGCCAGCAAGGCCGGUAAUGCUGUUGUCCUCGGCUUCCCCGGCUCUGCUCAGUACGGCGCUUCUGGAUACAAGGCUGAGGCCGAUGUUCUCGCUGCUCUCCUCGGCGGUGAGUCCACGAUCAAGUGGUCUCCAGGUUUCUCUCUCCUUGCCAAGGCUGUUGAGGGCGAGACUGGUGUCAGCGUUUCGACCAAGAACUACGCCUACUCUGACGCUGGACUGUUCACCAUCACCGUUUCCGGAAAGGCCGCUGGUGUCGCUACCGUUGCCAAGCGCGCUGCUGAGGCUAUCAAGCAGAUCGCCGCUGGCGAGGUUCCCGCCGAGGUUGUCAAGAAGGCUAUUGCGUUGGCCAAGUUCCGUGCUUUGGAAGCUUCUCAGGUUGCCGAGACUGGUGUUGAGCUUACCGGCUCUGCAUUGAUCAACGGCGGCAAGCCCUACCAGAUCAGCGAGCUUGCCUCAAGCUUUGAGAAGGUUUCUCCUCAACAAGUCCAAGACUUGGCCAAAUCUUUCGUCUCCGGAAAAGCCUCCAUUGCCACCUUUGGAGAUUUGCACAAACUUCCCUUCGCCGAAGACCUCGGUCUCACCGUCUAG